AUGAUUCCACAUCGAACUGUUUGGCGGGAUCGAUCUCAACGCGCCGUACUCAAGUGUAAACGACGUUCGAUGACAUUUGGUGUUGCACUGCUGCUGUUGGCAGCAUUGGCUCUAAUCAACCUGUCUGGGGCAGAGGCUGCAGACAAGAUGGCAGAUAUACCGAGCAGUGAAGAAGCGACCGUAGAUGGAGAGCAAUUGAUGCCACAGGCACUCUCGCUGACAACACUGCUCUCGGAGGAUCCAACUGCUGAAGCAUUGCAACCGGGCCACACCGAUGCAUCACUGCAGCCCCUGUCAGAGCACAACGCUUCACCGGACGCACCGGGCGCGGAUGGACGACGGCGGCGUCGGUUGGGCAGAAAGCGAAAGCGUCGUCCACUGCAGGACGACUAUUGGCCACCGGCAGCACCGGAAGAUAACGAUACGGAGUCGAACGGUUUCGCCCCGACUGCAGCCUCCGGGCGUGUAUCGGAUCGAAAACGUUUACCGUACGCCGGAGCGGCCGCCUCCCGCUGGGAAGAACCGGUCCAGCGGGCGGCACUCGCUCGACCAGCCAUGCGAUCGAAUGCGAACCAUCACCAGCGACCGGGCGAUUGGAUGCACAACCCGUACACCGAUGCGAUUAACGUGGAACAACCGCCGGCUACGGUAAGACGGCUCCCAGGUGGACAAUCCGCCUCAUCGGCACCGGCACCGGGAAAUUUGUCACCUAUUGAUCCGAAUAGGUCGCGACGAAUUGCCGGCGGGCGCCCGACGGAACAGCCACCGACCAAUGGCAAAGCUUACCGGAAGCCAUACUCACAGGCACGGCGUACCGAGGAACCUUCUUCACCCGGUGACGCCGGGGGUUCGGGUGAGACCGGCAAGGUUCCCGUAUCGGCAACCGAUCUUAAGGCGCUGCUAAAGCAAUCCGAUGGCCUUAGCCUGAGCGAGAUACUGCAGCAGCGCAACAUUUCCCUGCAGGAUCUCAUCAAAGGCAAACAGAUGGCACUGGCCGCACUGACGCAGAGCCCGCUGGACGCAACAACAACGAUGACAACGAUGGGAGACGAAUCGUCGACGACCCUGUCGCCGACACUUUCGAGCGUACGGUUUCGGGUGCACAGCGAUGACAGCGUUGCCGGGUGGACAGAAGCUUCCGGCGAUACGAGUACCGCAACGACACCGACGACAAGUACGGUGAUACCAGCGAACGACUUGCUAACGACUUCCGGCUUUAACGGUCAUCUACCGAGUGCGGUGGAGGAUGAAUCUAACAAUGCGGUCGGUGACGAUAUUGGCCAUGGGGUCGGGAACAUUUUCCCAACCGUUGAAAUUAAACAGCUUGCUCUCAACCCGGUACUUCCCAUGCACAAGGACGAACAGCGCAUCCGUCCGAUAAAGGGCGUCGCCUCUCGGAUACGGCCCGACCUGAGCAACACACACAUCCGGACAGAACCGGGCCAGGUAGCGCCGAGAGUCCGUUUACCCGUAGCGACCACAACCACCGGCAGUCCAACGGUUGGUCCAACGAAUCCUUCCCUGCUGCUGAUGACAUCAACCACAAGGGAAAGGUGGACACCGUCCGCCGCACUUGCCGGACAGCGCCAGAAGUUCCAAACCACGGGAAAGCAGUUCCACCCCGGAAGGUAUGGCUUCGGCACGACGUUACCCUCAGGAUUUAGCUCAACCGCAUCGGAGGGUGAUAAUUCUCCGCUAGCGCUCACGACGACACCGGUUGGCACCACGACCGAACCGCCGUCGGCUAAAAAGCUCAUAGGCUUCAAACUUAGCUCAGCCGAAGCCACCUCCAUCCUGCCGGAAGCGGAAGCGAUGGUGGAAUUAUCGCCCGAGCGUCAGCUUCAUCAGCAUCUGCUGCGCGUACCGAAGCUGAAGCCCAGAAUUGCCAUCAAACCGAAGCUAACGAACGUAGUGCCACCGACAUUGCCUGCCGAAGCACCAUCCACUACCGUGCCACCAUCGUCGCCUCCGAGCAGGGCUACAGAAAAGGAUCGGUUUAAUCUGUCCGACGUUGAGCUGGGCGAGGACAGUACCGGGGAGGGAUCCGCUACCACGCCCAGCAGCAAGCAGGGCCGUCAGCAGCGUUUGAACGAUGAUCUGGACGAUAGCGAAGAGCCAGGUUUGAACAUUAUCGAGAAGUUUACCUCGUUUGCGGAUUCUGCGAUACCCGCGACACAGGAAGAACGCGACUCCGAACAAGCCGCGGUGGCCGAUUUGAUUGGACGCAUCAGCGAACACACGCAGCGCUCGUUUACGGACAGCUUGGAGGACCUCUACCGCGACGUCACGGAGAGUAAUCCGUCGCUCUUUAACGAUCUCUCGCCCAUUGCGAGUGCGGACGAUCGGCGCGAACUUCUCGAACUGAUGGAGGAUCGCCGAAUCGGAUCGCGUCUUGCCAAGGUGCUGUCGCAGCGUAACAUGACCCUGGAGCAGCUACUAGAGCAUCGACGCCGCGGUUCCAGCCAGCUCCAUCUGGCGGAAAUAGCGAACGGCAAGGUGAAACCGAUCGACGACAAGAUCGACAUUGUGACAGCGUUCGAACACUUCCCGCGCUUCAACAUCGGCAAUCUGCGCAGCAUCCGGCCCGAUGACAUCAAGCUGGACUCGCAAGGUUUCAGCUACUUUACCUCCAUCAUCAACAUCCGGCCGUCGGAUGAGGCGUACAAGGAGGCGCGUGCACUGCAAGAUCGACACCGCUCCAGGCGACCGGGGGCCACUCCGGGCAAUCAUCGCGGCGAUGCUCAUUUUUUAGUGAAAGGCGGAUCGAAGGAUAGGCUGCUCGUGCCUUCGAGAAUGUCCGCCGGUAUGGAACACGCGUACGGCAGCAACAGCGAAAACUAUGAUCAUCAGGAAGACCACCGUAACGAUGUGGGGGAUCUGCUCGACCUGGAACUGUCCGGGCAUGGGUUUCAGCAUCACCGCAGUGCAUCGGUAACGAUCGAAAGCACCUCGAUGCCGGUCGGUGUGCGGUCGGCCAUCGUUGCCAGCGCGGCGAUCGUGGGCGUUUCGCUCGUGAUCUUCAUCGCCAUAUUCGUGGCCUGUCGGUUGCGGCAGCGACGCCGCCAGAAGCUUAAUUACACCGAAAACUUCAACAUGGCCAAGGGUCGUCUGCCGAUUCUUCAUGGAAGCGAUCAGGAAACGGUGCGCAAGAGUUGUACCCCGUCGGUGUCGGGACGAUCGAGCAGCUUGGGCGAGCAGGUCGUGUACACUACCCAUCGAGCACUGGCCGGUACCAGUGGAAGUACGGCGGGAACGGCAACGACGACAACGGCCAGCAGACAGCGGGCGAUGAUGGAUCCCAAUUCGGUUGAGGUGCAGGAUUAUCUUUGGGACCGGAAACCAUUCCAGUAAGCGAUCGAACGAAAACAGGGUGUGUGUGUCAGGGUGCUUGGAGUCUAUUCGACGGUUGUGAUAAAAUGGGUUUCUUUAUCUAACUGCUAGAUUGAUCCUAUCCAACCGUGCGACCGGGCUGCAGGACCUGUGCAGCAGUAACAUCAGUUCUCCAGCCUGAACAAACCAUCCCAUCCCAUUCCCCCCAUAUCCCGAUCGAUUCUUCGAUUGGUACGAGAACCAAGGAUGAACCGCGAACUCGUGAAACGAUGUGUUAAAUGACAACGGAGUGUGAAGGCACUAACACAUCAGAUACGACCGGGACAAACCACAGGACAAGGAAUAACGUGAUAGGAAGUCAGUUGCGAGAAGAGUUUGAGCUUCAUCGUGUGUGUGUGUUGUGAAGAAAAGUUGCACUCGGUGCAAGAAAACUAACACUGCAUCGUUUUUAUUCUCUAACGAACUGGCAGCUCGUCCGCACCGGAAGUUUUAAUCAACCGCCUGUACCAAACAAUGGGCCAACGAGUGUCCCGGGUGUUUGACUGCUUCGGAUUCGGAGACUUGUAAGGGGCCAAAAAGGACCGAUAGAUAUUGUUACGAAACUCCGUUAAACAUGAACAAAAAAGAAAGAUUAGUUGUAAAAGAGAGAGGCAGUGAUGUACUAAAGACAAAAUUCAUCCUUCACACCUUAAUAUAAUAUAACUUGUAUAGCAAGAGACAGAGAGAAGUAGGAAGACACAAAGAUGUUGUAAGAUAGACAAAAAACCAAUGUGCAAUAUUACGUUCGAAGGGAGAAUAAUAAAAAAAAAUAAUGUUAAACAAAGUUGCGAUACGACGAACGAACGGUCUUAGCCGGUAGUUUAUAAUUUAUAAAUUAAAACCCUAAUCUUACAUUAAACUAGGUGAUUUAGUGUGUAUAAGCCUGUUUUCUUCGUCAAAAGACGGUAAGGGAAGAGGAAGACGUUAGCGUUCAGUAGCAGUUUCCAACGGAUA